AUGCUUUCUCCUGAAGCAUUUAUAUAUGAAAAUAAAUUAUAUAAGAUAUAUGCUAAAUGCAAAACUAAUAGAGCUGAAAAAAAAAUCCAAAAAUCAGCUGAUAUUGAUAGUAAAGAAGUCCCUAUUGAAAUAAUUGUAAUUAAUGAAAUUAAUAAUUAUAUUUCUGACAUGAUUGAUGGAUUAGAACAUGAUAUUGCUCUAUUUUCUACUUUUUAUAUUAAACUUGAUGAAGCUACUCUUAAUACUGCAAAAGCCAAAGCCUAUCGAUAUCGCAACAUUUCUGGAAGUAAAGCAAAAAAUUAUGAAAAACCUAAAUAUGGAUCCA